CAUGACCUUGAGAAGGUCAAAAAAGGGUCUGGAGUCGGACGCUGGCUACGCGAGGUCACGCGGGAGGUGCAGAAGAUAAGGGGCAAAUAUAAAUGUAGGUGUGUGGCUGCGCUGUAGGAUGUCAGAAGACCAGAAGGCGUAAAUGUUGGUUUGUUUUCCACGAGCCACCUUCAACUUUGACAUGGGGAAACUCAGAGGGUCCAGCCAUGGCGACCAGACAGAAGCCAUAGCUAUGUUGACGGAUGACAGUGACUUUAUUUGUCGGGUUCUCAACUUUUUACCCAAUGAACUGAAGACAGGAUAUGGGAGUGAUGAUUCUGAUCUAGCUGAGCAUGAAGAUGAAGCUCCCAAAUUUGACGAAGAUCGGCAAGCUGAAUUGCGUGACAAGCUUCAGGCCAAACUGCAGAUACUGAGAGCCCGGAGUGGGAGUCUGAGAGCACAAAAGAAUAUUCGGAAGCGGCUGAAUAAGAUGGAAAAAAGAAAACUGAACCAGAAGCAACAAUCUGGCAAAGGUGGAGCCGUCAACUCUAAAAUAAAUGCCGUUAAGACAGCGAAGAAACGGAAAUUGAUAGAGCGACGAUCGAAGCCUGCGCUGCCUAGUAAAGGCAUGCAGUCAAAGCCCGUAUUCAACACCGAGGGCAAAAUGGUUUUCAGCAAGUUUGAUUUUGCCUCCUCGGAGGAUCCCGGGAAGGGCAAAAGAAAGAAAAUGAGCUUGAAGGCGGAACUAUCCCUGGCCAGAGAAAAACGGGCGAAGAAACGAAGCCAAGGGACCGGCGCCGAUGACAAUGAAGCCUGGCAGACUGCCCAGAAAAAGGCAAAAGGUGAAAAGAUUCGAGAUGACCCCAAGCUACUAGCUAAAAGUCUGCGCAGAGAACAACAGAAGAAGAAGCUGAGCGAGAAACGGUGGGAGGAAAGGAUCCAAAACGAGAAGCAGAAAAGGGAGCAGCGACAAAACAAGCGGCUUGGCAACAUCAACGACAGAAGAGAUCAGAAAAAGAAGAAAGUUGUAGAGAAGCUGAAGAAGAAAGGUAGAAUCUUACCCGGUUUUUAGCAAGAUGGCUGCCGUAUGCCUCUCGCUCAUACCAUUUAUGCGCACCUUGCUUUCCAUUUUACUGUCUUGCGUUCAACCAUGUGGGUUGUGUCAAUGCUAAUUGAGAAGGUACCUGCGUGUGCGAGUUCAGUGUUUGGACGGUGCAGCGGUUCUUCAUCGGUGCGGUGCAGGCUGGUAUUUGGUAUACAGCUGACCGGUCAUGUGUGGCCGGCCCUCUGGAUGGCAGGUCAUUGAUUGGUGCCCCCGCCUAAAUGCUGACUGACGACGAAAUAUGACAGGCGUGGACGAGA